CAUUAUACAUACAUACAUACAUACAUGUAGUGGAUACUACUCUUAAAUUGUCUUAAAUAGAAUAUAGAAAGAUUAUUUAUUUAUUUACAAACAUAUAAACAAAAUAUAAACAAACAAUAAGGAUAAAAAAUACUAUUUAUUAUUUUUGACAGUAUCAUGAAUAAAGAUAAAAGAUUUGGCCUGAUAUUACCAAACAAAACUCAACUGUCAACUCCAACUGCCAAAAACAUAUUCUGUGAUGAAGAUGAUUCCGAUGAAAGUAAUGGAUUACAUUCGAUAGAAGUAAAUUCAAAACCAUGUGCUGGGAAUAAUUCUCGUGUAAAAAAACAAACUCGAUUAAAUAUUCAAAAGGCAAUAGCUGAUGACCCUACAAUUUAUCAGUAUGACGAAGUCUAUGAUGAAAUGGAGCGUAAGAAAGACGAUAAAAAAGAUGUAAAUAAAAAAGAAUCGAAAAAGCCAAAAUAUGUUGCAAACCUUUUAAAAGCUGCUGAAAAACGUAGGCAGGAUUAUGAUCAGCGCAUUGAAAGAAUGGUGCAAAAAGAACGUGAAGCUGAAGGUGAAAAAUUUGCAGAUAAGGAAAGUUUUGUGACAUCAGCCUAUAGACAACAAUUGGAAGAACGAAAAAAAUUAAAUGCAGAACAAGAGAAAAUUGACAGACUUGAAGAAAUAUGUGAUGUCACAAAGCAAAAAGACAUGUCAGGAUUUUAUCGAGGAUUAUAUGCUCAAACUAUCGAUAAAAAGAACAACACUGAAGAUACUAAAGUAGCAGAUUCAAAUGAUGAAAAUCAUGACUCAAAACUGGCUAGUAUCGAUAAAGAUGAUGUUCUGUCUUCUUCCUCGUGUUCUGAUUCUGAAGAUGUUCAAAAAAAGAAUAUAAGCAAUUCGACAAGACGAAAAAGUAGACAUUAUAGAAAACGUGCUGUUGAAGAAGAAGAAGAAGAAGAGGAAGAAGAAGAAGAAGUCGACUCAACAUCAGAUGAAGAACAAUCCGAAAACAAUCACAAGAAUAUAGAUAAAAGUCACAAAGAAAGCGAAUAUAGAUAUACUGAAGAUACAUCACCAGCUGAAAAAAAAUCAAGACUAUCAGUAGAACCAGAAAAUGAAAAAAACACAACUUCCAAUCAAAACACUGAUGAAAAAGACAAUGCUUCACCCAAUGUUAUUUUAGAUAGUAAAUCAGAAGUGAAUGAAAAGUUAAUUGAUACUGAAAAAGAAUUAGAAAAUAAAGUCUCUAUUUGGGAAAAAAGAACAGUUGGUGAAGUAUAUAUUAAUGCUGUACAGAGAUAUCACGCUCGAAAAGCUCUUCAAGCAUCUUCAUAAUUUAUAAAAUAAAGUUGAAUCGAAAAAGAUUCUGUCUUAUUGUAAAUUUUUCUUGACUUUCAAAUUAAUUAUACUGUAAAUUGAACUUCUAAAAUAAGUAAUAAAAUACAAAGUACUAAUGUAAACGAAUUAUUUUAGAAAACAAAAAAAGCUUGUCUUGAU